GUUCGGUCUUUAGGGGGGAAAUUUGGCAACUAUACAGAGACCAGCAAGUAUGCAAUAGAUUUAGCCUCCACUGAACAGCAAGUGCCCCCAUAUUCGUAGAACUGAAUAAACUCCUGUCGAAAGAAAAGAACCUAAUGCUACCCAGCGCACGCCAAUACUCAGUAGAGCACUGUGGCAGCGUUCUUCUCCAGGCAAUCCCCGAAAAACCAUUUGAAGAAGGCGCCGAAUACGCGACGAAUGUCACGUGACGAAGACGUUCCCAGAGACGUUCACGUGAUCGUAACGUCAUCCACGGCCUCUUAUCAACCGGGAACUAGCAGCUACCAUAUUUGGAAGGGGGGGAGUGAAAAGACAACGAGGAUAAAGACAGAAAAGGGGCGAAGUGAGCCGCGCUAAGAGGUGAGAGGAGUCAGGUGGAGAAGUGCGGAGCUGUUACAGGAACAGAGCAGGAGGCUCCCCUGGGAAUAAUGAUUUAUUGGCAGCUGGUAGGCCACAUAGAUGAGCAACAAUAGUAAUAAGAGAGCUCCAACAACUGCCACCCAGAGGUUAAAACAAGAUUACCUGAGGAUCAAGAAAGACCCAGUGCCUUACAUUUGUGCAGAACCCCUUCCUUCAAAUAUCCUUGAAUGGCACUAUGUGGUGCGAGGACCUGAGAUGACACCCUAUGAAGGCGGUUAUUACCACGGAAAGCUUGUUUUUCCAAGAGAAUUUCCUUUUAAACCUCCUAGUAUUUAUAUGAUCACUCCAAACGGACGAUUUAAAUGUAAUACCCGACUCUGCCUUUCCAUCACAGACUUCCAUCCCGACACAUGGAACCCAGCAUGGUCAGUGUCAACAAUUCUAACUGGUCUUCUUAGCUUUAUGGUGGAAAAAGGUCCCACGCUGGGGAGCAUAGAAACAUCAGACUUUACAAAACGACAGCUAGCAACACAGAGUUUAGCAUUCAACUUAAAAGAUAAAGUAUUCUGUGAACUGUUCCCAGAAGUUGUAGAGGAAAUCAAACAAAAACAGCGUGCACAAGAAGAGCUAAACAACAGGCCGCAGACACUUCCUCUCCCAGAUGUUGUACCAGAAACAGAAGCACACAUUGGCCAAAAUGGGGCAGCACUUCUGAAUGGCCAUGUUCCAUUGGCAGCAGCAAAUCAUCCUGGCCUUCAGCAGCCAAACCGUAACCAUGGACUAUUAGGAGGUGCACUGGCUAAUGUAUUCGUAAUAGUUGGGUUUGCAGCCUUUGCCUACACAGUUAAGUAUGUACUUCGAAGCAUAGCCCAGGAAUGAAGGCCUUGUCUGAAGUGCAAAUAAAAAGAAUCAGAGACCAAACUAGCACUCGUCAGAGAACAUAGACUGCUCUGUGCAGUUGGACUCCCACGCCACAUUUCGGGUCAUUGCUAUUUGUGCUACUGUUGUACAAGUGAAAUAUCAGUUGGCUCAUGGGUUUAUUUUAUUUUUUUUAGAACGAGAAGAGUGGUUGCGUGUUUUCUGUGGAAGCAAACAUAAUAAGAGAACCGGUUGUAGGUUCACUGCAGUCUGUCUGGUUAUUAAAUCACCAGAUGUCUUCAUUUUUACCAUCUAUUUAGUACAAAAUGUUAGUGGAAACAAAUCUGUUAUCUUCUAAACAAGAAAACCGCACUUUUUUUUGUUCUUUUACUUUAUGUCUGCACACAAUAUGUAGAGGCAGCUAAUCCAGCACCUUUCUAAGAAGAAACCAACAUCCAUGGCCAAACUUUUUAUACCCACUGUUUAUCUACAACACCGUGCACUUACAGGCUCCACAAUUUGUCCUAUAUGGAUAUCCAUCAGCCAGCGAUUAGGUCUCUAUUGUAAAAAGAUUGAAUUUUCAAGUGAAACUGUAAGAUAUAGAUAGAAGUGAGGUGGAUUUUUUUUUAUUAAGAUGAAUCCUGUAUCAAUUAUAUUUGGAUUAAUUUAUCUUGUAAUAAAAAGGAUAUUGCCCUCCUAAUUGGUUCACAUAAUCCCAAGAAAUCCUUUUAACAUGUUCUAGCAAGAAAUAUCCGAUUACAUAUGCAUAAAGCAAUUCUUAAGAUGUCCUACAACACAUUGGAGGCCAGUGAUGAGUAGCAGAAGACAAAAGCAAACGCUGUAGUCCUGCAUGUAGGAUAGUGCUGAAAAUAUGUUGACCAAUGUACAAAUUCAUCAUAUUGAUGUCUAGCACGUCAGCAUUUUUGCUGCCGUCUGUUUGCAAAGAAUGUUUGACGCCAAAACCAACAGACUUCUGGGUCAGUCGUAGAUUAUGGCCAACAUCUGUCUUGUAGAAUAAACAAUUUGCAAACCCUA